AUGUUUGGCGCCGUUUGUUUCCCUGAAGUUCCACAAAACGCUUCAUUUUGCGACAAAGAACGACGUUUCCUCACAAAAUGCAUGCCUCCAGCAUAUGAUGACUACGAAGAAUACGAAUCACAAUCGCCAACACAGUCGCCAACACAUUCGACAACACAAUAUCCGCCGUUCGAUGACGGUGGAUGGAUCCAUCACCAGUUCGCUCAUCAUCAUUGGGAAGCGAACGAUACAAAUUAUAUCGAGCUGAUGAACAAAGGAGAGUGCGGGGAAAACACCUCCCACUCAAGAAUUCAUCCCGACAGAAUGUACUUGGAGUGGUGCGAAACUCCCGAUCACAAGAACGAAAACCAGGGGUCCUUCAAUCCAUGCAUUACAGAGAAGUCCUUCGAACAAGAAUAUGAAACUUCUGUUUCUGAAGUUGUCAGAGAUUUGGUAUAUAUUGGACUGCCCUCUUUUGCUUUUAUUUUGACGCUAUCGACGACCCUAGUCCUGGUAAAAUUUUUCCGACGAAGCAAGCGCAUACUAGUCUAUAUAAACAUGUUCCUGUCAAUGUCCCUCUUUUCGCUCUGCUACGUUAUCAAUAUUUGGAUUUAUCGACUUUACGCUAAUAUGAGAAAAGAGGAAUCAAAAAAAAUUAUCGAUGUACUUGGUGGUUACAUCGACUCUUUAUUCCAACGAAAUUACAAUGGCGAAAACGGAAUAAACAACUUGACGACGACGCAGCACGACUUAUUUCUCAAGCCGGAUUUCUGCGACAGAAACGAUGAACAUUUUUACAAAAGACUAAACUAUACGAGAGCAGACUGCUCGACCCUGGAAGAUCUAGAUCGAGUUGCUCGCGAAGCCGGCUGCGGCUGGGACGAGUUCAACGCCGAAAAAUCCACCAUUGAAAAUUACUGUAUCUUUUUUGGCCUUCUGGAAGCGUACUUCUGGAUGACAAAGUUUACUUGGUUUAUCUUACAAGCAAUUUAUCUAGUCAUGCUGAAUUUAUGUACAUACAACUCACUCUCUAUUUUUCAAUCCAACAUGUUUAUCUGGAUCGGCUGGCUAACACCUCUCCCAUUUCUCGCUGCCUUUGCGUCUAAUUUUUUCUUCUCAAAAGGAACUGGGUCCAUUUAUUUUGAUUAA